AUGAACCUAGAGUUGGGUUCAAUAUCAAUUCUUCAUCCAUCAUCUAUUGUCAGCGAUAACAACUAGCUAAAAACGCAAUGACCACCGUGCUCGAAACCUACAGAAUCCAACCUCCGGCAGGCGUCGCCGCCGAGCUCUUCCUCCCGCUCUCCUUCUUCGACAUGACUUGGCUCCAUUUCAGUCCGAUCCGCCGCCUCAUCUUCUACAACCACCCAUGUUCCGAAGCUGAAUUCUCCAACACCAUUGUUCCAAACCUCAAACACUCUCUCUCUUUAACUCUCAAGCACUAUAUCCCCGUCGUCGCAAAUCUCCUCUACCCUCUCAACACCGAAGCCUCGAAGCCUGUUUUCCGUUACAUCUCCGGUAACUCCAUCCCGCUCACGAUCGCCGUCUCCAGCCUCGACUUCGAUGAGCUCGUCGCGAAUCACGCUAGAGAAUCCGAUCAGUUCUACGACCUACUUCCGCCGCCGGCGCCGGCGCCGUCGACGCUGCUGGCCGAUGAAGAAAAUUACCAAAUUGCCCCUCUGAUCUCUUUCCAGGCGACUCUGUUUCCCGGCCGGGGAAUCUGCAUCGGUUUGAACAACCACCACAGCCUCGGCGACGCAAGAUCGAUCGUCGGAUUCUUGAAGGCGUGGGCUAUGGUCAACAAAUCCGGCGACGAUGAGGCGCUCGUGUCGAAAUGCGGCGAAACUCUGCCGAUUUUUGAGAGAUCCUCUGUUUUCGGAGAUACUAGUAGACUCGAUGGAAUCUUCUGGAAUGUAAUGAAGAAGAUUCCGUUGAGAACAGCGCCAUCGAAUUCGUUUUCAACGAACAGAGUGAGAGCUUCGUUCAUCCUCCGCCAAUCUGACAUAAUAAAUCUCAAGAAUAUGGUUUUGUCGGCGAGGCCGAACCUUGUUCGGGUCUCCACUUUUGUCGUCACGGCGGCGUAUGUCUGGACGGCCUUGGUGAAGUCUGGCGAAGGCAGCGGAGAUGAAGGUGAGGUGUUUGUUUUUCCGGCCGACGGAAGGGGGCGGAGGAACGCGCUGUUUGAUCCGCCGGUGCCGGUGAAUUACUUCGGGAAUUGCUUGGGUGGUGGGGUUGUGAAGGUGGAGCAUCGUAAGCUGGCAGCGGAGGAUGGGUUUGUUGUGGCGGCGGAGGCUAUUGGUGAUGAGAUGAGGACGAAAAUCUACAAUGGAGAUGAGUUUCUUAAAAGUCCGGAAAAAAGGCUGUCUGAGAUGCCGAAAUUUAAGGGCAUGAGAGUUUUGGUGGCGGCGGGCUCGCCGAAGUUUGAUUUGGCGGAGGCGGAUUUCGGAUGGGGGGAGGCUAGGAAGGUGGAGGUCAUGUCGUUGGAUGGCGGGAAAUAUUCGAUGUCGUUAUGUAACUCUGGCGGCGAUGGUUUGGUAGUCGGUAUGUCGCUGCCAAAGGAGAUGAUGGAGGCUUUUGCUUCAAUGUUUGAACAUGGCCUAAAAUCAUGAGUUUAUAACAAUUUGUUUGGAUGUUUGUUAUGUGAUUAAAUUGAUGUUUAUGUUUUCUAUUA